UUUCCUCAAAUAAUUUGAGUAAUCUAAACUUUUUGGGUUUUACAGUGUAUUAAUCAGGCCUUUAUAAACUAAACAAAUACUCAUUUUACUUAAACUCAUCAUAGCUAAUAAAUACAGAGAAAUUCACUGAAUGUUUCUCUGACUUUUUCCCAUAGAGGUAUACAUGUAUCUAUCUGUAAAUAAUCCGAGUUUAGAAAACACGAAGAGCAGAUGUGACUCCAGAUGUUUGUUUCUACACAUUUAGCAUUAGUAUAAUAGAUGAAUUGUUUGGUAGAGAAGAUGAGUGUGUUAAUGAGACUGGUGUUAAUAAGUGGGCUGGACAUGUUUAGGUCAAGUGAAGUGUGAAACAUGCAGAACAUGUAUGAUUUCUUCAUUCCUCUCUGACGGACAACGUCGCUUUUUAAAGGAACAAUUCACCACACCAAACGAGUGUACAGACGACAUGAUGCAUGAAGAUAUGUCAUAUGAGGUCUUCAAUUUCAGUUAUGAUGAUUAUUAUUUAACCUACGAAUACCCUUUGAUAGUGUUAGAGGAGGGGAAUUCUCUGUUUGGAAAGAUCAGUGCCAUUUGCUACAGUCUCAUCGUCUGCAUGGGUUUGCCAGGAAAUCUCUUUUUGCUUUGGCUGGUCUUGAAGAAAGUGGGAUUGAGCAGCUCUGCGGAUUGUUUGCUGCUUCAUCUGACCAUCUCUGAUCUUGUUUUCACCCUCACGCUGAUCCCCUGGACAAUCUAUCACAUUCGGGGCUGGAUUUUUGGUUUUGCAGCCUGUAGGCUGUUCAGUUGGUUCAUUUUUUUGGGCCUUUACAGCUACAUGCUGUUCCUCACAGUCAUGACUGUUCAUCGAUACAUUGCAGUCCAGCAUCCGGUGUUUGCUUCAUCCGUAGGGAAUCGUGGGAGACUGUAUGCACACGUCUCAUCAGCCGUAGUCUGGAUGAUCUCCUUGGGCUUCAGUCUGCCAGAAAUGAUCUUCAGUGAAACUCUGGACAGAUAUGAUGGAGUUCAGUGUGUUUCCUAUUCUAGGUCAGAGUUUUGGAUUUUGUUUGGGUAUUUCAGUCAGAUAAUCCUCUUUUUUUUGCUACCAUUCCUGGUAAUAGCGCUCUGCUACGCUCGAAUGGGUUUCACCAUCCAUCAGAGUCGCAUCCGAAGCAGAAACCGCCAUCAUGCCGUAUGCCUCAUCCUGAGCAUCGCCAUUGGAUUCUUCAUCUGCUGGGCACCAUAUAACAUCUUCCUUUUCAUUCACUCCUUGGAGUUUUUAGGUGUCGUUGAAUUGAGAGAGACUCUAUCGGACACUGUCUAUUGCGUCACUCAUAUUUUGGCGUAUUUCCAUUGCUGCCUGAAUCCACUCGUGCACAUCUUUGGAGGGAAGAAGUACAGGAAUUUUCUGCCCUGGUCCAGACGUGUCCGGUGGCUCCCGCAGAGUUUCAGCAAUGAAAUGUUUAGCAGCCAGAGUAGCUUUUCGGGACAAUUUCACCUCUAAUUACAUCACAAGAAAAUAUGUAAACACUUACUACAGUUGGGGUGAUGCAAGUCGGGCCUAUCAAAGGGCCAAGCACACUUGUAAAAAUGAAAUGAUCAAAAAGUCAUGCACACAUACAGUUGAGGUCCAAAUAAUUAGCUCUCCUGUAAAAUUUGUACUAUUUUAUAUCUUUUUACAAAAUGUAAAAUAAGUCUCUGAUGUCUCUUGAGUGUGUAUGUGAAGUUUCAGCUCAAAAUGCCUCACACAUGUUUUAUAAGUCUUUAAAACUGCCCCUUUUAGGCUUUCAUCCUACCCAGCAGGCACAGGAUGUCAGCAUGACAUUAGAUUAAUGUUGUACUCCAACGUUGUGGGACGUUGCAUUUUGUUUGGAAAUGAAAAUCGGGUUGACGCCAGAACCCAACGUCAGAACGACACUGUCCAAUGUCGGACAGAUGUUGCACUUGAGUUACUUUCCAACACAAUAAAAACAACCAAAUAAUAAUGUCUAAUGAUGUUACAGCUUGAUGUUGUAUGGACGUUUCCAAUAUGAUGUCUAUCAGACAUUGGAUUUCGGUUGCCAUACCUGACGAAUAAAUGUCAGUAUUUGACAUCAAUAUGAUGUUGCUUUAAGAUGUUGGCUCGACCAAGGGCGUAGAUUAGCACUUGAAAUUGGUGGGGACGCAUGCAUUGAACAGCGCAAAUUCUGUUCCACACUUUUAAAAACAUGAAUAAAGUACUUAUUAAUAUAAAAUAGACACUUAUUAAUACAAAAACAAUCAUGUCCCAUGCUGCAAAAGUCAAUUUUCAUGAUUUUACUGCAGUCAGGCUUUAAGGAGGUAUGAAUGUGGAGACAUUUAGAGAGAUGUGUGAUGCAAUUUAACUGUUUUUUCCUGAUAAUUGUUUUUCAUAGUUAUGGAGGCCAAAAACGAAACCAAAUUUCUAUUUAAUCUUGGUUAAUAGUAUUAUAGAGAACUCGUAGCGAACUUGACUUUAUGCACUUGUAGGUUACUAAGGGUUGACGGAGCAUUAUUUUAUUUUGAACUCAAUUAAAUUAUUGGUAGGGACAUUUCAGUAAUUGGUGGAUACUGGUGGGGACACGUCCCCUUCGUUCAUGCCAAUUCUACACCCUUUGGCUCGACGUUGGAUUUGGGCACUUUCCAACAAAACCUAAAAUCAACAAAAUAUCAAUUAUUGUCGUUAUUGAACGUCAAAAUAACAUUGACCUAAAUCUAACCUAAUGUUAACGUCUUAUGACGUUGUGUGUCUUGCUAAUUGCCGUUUUGAUGACUGUCACUUUAAUUUCAAAUAAGAACGUGCGCUUUUUAAAAGAGGGCGGAGCUACACAUGCCUGUGUGUCUGCACAGACUGACGUCCUAUGCUAAUGAGGUAGAGAUCGUCACUAAUGGGUGUGGCUUUCCCCCCUUUGUUGACAUAGCGGCAUAUGGUUUCGUUUUACCAAUUGUGUUUGUCUGAAAAAAAGAGUCAUACACAAUGAGGAUUGUCUGGAGGAUGAGUACAUUAUGUGGUCAUUUUUAUUUUAAGAAGAACUAUUCCUUUGAGUCCGUUUUAUUUAAGUUAAUUUGAUUAAACUUAACCAUUUCAUUUAGCAUAUAAGCUUCGCUUCUACUGUUUGUUAUCACAGAAUAACAUCACACAACACAUGCAUUUUACAAUAGCUAACUAAACAGAAAAGGUGAAUGACAAAAGUGAAUAUUUUGUUGUUUUCAGACUCUAUUAAAGGACUCAAAGCAGCAAUAUUAAUAUGACUAAUGUUUUUUAAUGUACAAAUUACGUUAAUAUGCGAACACAUUUGGAAAAAUACAGAUAGAUCCGUUCUGUCGCCAUUCAAUAGAAAGAAGGAGCAUUCAUAGGCCUAUUAUGUUUCCGCAGAAUUGAGCACUCUUCUGUCUUGUAAUACCGUUAUUCUUUUAUCCAAGCAACAGAGGGAGCUCACAGACAGAAAACCAGACGAGUAAACUAUAAUAGAUGUAAUAGACCUACAAUUAAAAAUGAGAAAUUACGAGAAUGGAGGGAAAAUUGAAUAGAAAUGUUAUUGUAUGUGAAUUAGUUGUUAAUAUGUGUCUUAGUUUCAGGGGUUACUUUGCUUAAGAUUAAUCACUUUGAUUCUAUCUUGUUAGAUUUAUAUCAAUGUAUACAUUUAGGCUAUUUUAAAUACGGACACAUCCAUCGUUGAGGCAGAACUCCUCAUGUUCAUUUCAUGUUUAAGAGUUUGUUUGUUUGUUUACCACAUGAACUUGUACGGCUUUUUGAAUGUUGGUUUUUAAACACAAAAUGUUGUUGUUAUAAAUGAUCACAAAACAUAAUGGCAAACUUAAGAAAAAUUCGCUUUUUUUUUUUUUUAAUACCUUCGCAUAUUUAAAAAAAACUAUUUAUUAUUAUUAUUAUUAUUAUUAUUAUUAUUUUGAAUACGUUGUGUAUUGGGUUCUGGAUGUUUGAAGAAGUUUUUAUCUACCCCAUUGUAUUGUAAUGUGUCACAGAGGAACUA